UCGGCAUGACAUUCUUUCGGAGAUUGAUGGGAGGAACGUGGCCCACGUCCUCUAUGGAAACUUAGCUAUCACUCAGAUGCUAUGGCUCCGCAGAUCGCAGGACAACGAAGUCGCCGGCAAACCGCCCCCUCGGGGAUGCCGCUCAACCUCGAGGCGGCCCAAAUCGAGGAGUUGGAGACUAUCCCAGGUAAGCUAGAUUCGAUUGUUGACAUCCAUAACGAGUUGGAGUUCUCGCAAUGGUACGAAGAUGUGGAAGCGAGUCUGCUGGAAUCCAGUUAUGAUGAGUAUCAGGCUUGUCUUAACGAACUGCAAACGUCCAAAUCUCAUCUUGAUGUCCUGCUUUCCGACACGUCUUCUACCCUUGAUAUCUUAUCGAGGCUUUCUGAAGAUUUCAGAGCGGUCGGUUUGCAAACAUCCAAUUUCCGGAAACAGUGCGAGGGGCUCCUCUCUGCCCAAAAGCGUGAUACAGACUUAAUAACUAAGAUUGACUACAACCUUCAAUUCUACGAUUUCUUGGAUCCUGCUUCCCGAAGACUCAAUGCCCCGGGUGCGGGAAAUACUGUACGUGGGCAGGAUUUCUCCGACAUGCUAAGACAAUUAGACGAGUGCUUGGACUACAUGGAAACACAUCCCGAGCAAAAGGAAGCAGAAGUAUAUAGGUCAAGGUUUCGGCUACUCUUAACGCGCGCUCUCACACUCAUUCGAGGUCAUUUCGUUUCUGCUAUUCGUGACUUAUACUCGAACGUGUCGAAAAAAGUUUCAGAUAAGCAACUCAACGAUGCUGCCUUGUCCGCAUUGCUCUAUGCGAAAUUUCGAGUUGACGCGCCUGAAUUAAAGCAAAUAGGUCUUGAGAUUCAAAAACGAGCUGUCCCACCAUUAGAUCCUGAUCAAGGCACGGAAGCUGAAUACCAGAGCCUUCUCAAUGAGCUUCAUACUAAUUAUGCGGCUACGCGUGAAAAGCUCAUCGUCCCUUUGGUUCGCAAGCGACUGAACGAAAUAGCGCAGGCUCCAAGCAGCUCGCAGGAUCUCGUCGCCUUUGCUCGUGCAAGUAUAAGCUACGUCCGCGGUGUUUGCUUGGACGAAUUUGACUUGUGGGGUGAAUGGUUUCAUGGUCAGGGCGGCCUCUAUGAUUUUCUCGAGACCAUAUGCGAGCCACUCUAUGACCAUUUAAGACCAAGAAUCAUCCACGAAGAUAAGAUUCUCAAACUGUGCCAGCUCUGUACUCUACUCCAGACGCGAUAUCUGUUCGAUCAGGAGGAAGAGACGGAGUACAUGGAUGCAAAUCAACUCGACUUUUCAGCACUGAUCCAGCCAGCUCUAGAAGACGUACAGACUAGACUCGUCUUCCGUGCGCAGGCUUUCCUCCGCGACGAGAUUGAACGGUUCAAGCCCCGGCCCGAAGACCUCGAUUACCCGGCACGGAACAAGCAACUCUCCAUAUCCGUGUCCGAGAAGCAGAUCUCCGGAAGAAAAGUCUCACAUGUGGAUGCAUACAUCAACCCGCCGAAACACACGAAGUCAAACGAAGAAGGUGCAGACGUACCCGAAAAGGACUCAAGAUGGGACUUCGAAUCGCAGAAUGCUCCUGCUGCCUGGUAUCCGACCCUGCGGAAAGCUGUGUGGCUUCUCAGUCGGAUAUACCGCCUUGUAAAUUCCACCGUAUUUGAUGAUCUAGCACACCAAAUCGUCCAUCAAACCACAGCCUCUCUUCAUCUCGCGAGCGCCUCCAUCUCCAGCAAAUCCUCUACUGACGGCCAAUUAUUCCUGAUGAGCCACCUUCUAAUACUGAAACAACAAAUUGUCGCAUUUGAUAUCGAAUAUGUGGCCCCCGAAGUAUCCUUCGACUUUUCGGGCGUCACAAACACCUUCUGGGAACUUCGCGAACGCGGCGGCCUCUUCAACCCUCGCAACCUCAUGCGACUCGUUGGUCACGGACUCCUCCCGCGUGUGGUGGAAAACAUGCUUGACGCCAAAGUUGAACUCGACGGCCGUCUUAGAACCGUGAUCAAUGACUUCAUAAAUGACUUCGCGAGCAAAAUGACCGCAUCGCUCCCGUCGAAAUUCGUUGACGGACGAAACCUGCAGCAUGGGGAACUUAUCUACCCUACCUGCCGCAAUGUUGAGGCCGAGGUUUCUCAUCUACGCAAAGUCCUCGACGACUACCUCGAUGAUAUCCGUAUGAAGGAAACCCUUGUUGGUGCGGUCCAGGACCGUGUAAUUCAAAUAUACGAGGAGUUCUUUGUCAAGUUCACUUCGUCGGAGAAGAACAAGGGAAUUGCCGUUAGCAAGAAGGGAAAGGGCCGUGAAGAUGCUGUGUGGGAUGUUGAUACCUUUUCAGAUUGGUGCGAAGGCAUCUUCCGGGUCGGGGUUGCAUCGCAGGAUGACGAUUAUGAUCAGGUUACGAGUCGGAGUGUGAGUAGGACUGGGAGUUUGGGGUCUCAGUUUCGAUAA